AAUGAAGCCCAAACAAUCGGUGUUGUUAACGAAAUUUGGUGUGGAUAAAUGGCAACGCAAAUGCGUAAAAAGUCGCCGUUGAGCCCUCUAAUCGCGAAGAACCUGGUGGCCAAACACCACCGCGGCAGUUAAUAUCCGGGAAGCAGGCAGCAACGGGUCCAGGUCCAGCAAAGGCAGGCAUUCGGCAGUGCAACUUCGCAGCCAGCGCGCUUCGGGCCUGAGAGCCAAAAACUCCAAUUGGAGCGAUCUCAUCCAAUCCAAUCCGAUCCGAUUGCCCACCCGAUUAGAGGUACCGUUACGUGAACCGGGCGCUGCAGUGAGCACACACAGAGAGGGAAACGCGAGCAGAUUAUUUCGUUGCCUGCCAGAUGACGGCAGUCGAACGUGCGCGGACGCCAUGAACGCCAAGAAACGUCAACGCCUGGACCUGGGGCUGGAUCUCGCAGGCACAGCUGCAUCGGCCACACCGACCACAACAUCGGCCACUGUGAUGGGUGCUGGGGGUGCCGCUGGCAGCGACCUGUCCGAUGCUUUGUUGGCCAGUUCGUUUGGCAACGGCCAGAGCCUGUUCCUCACCAGUAGCGGCAAUGGCAGUGGCGGCGCCCAGAUCCUCCUAACCAUCUGCGGUGACGAGAACUCGGAUGAGUCGCAGGAGUACUACGCCAUCAAGCAGGAGCCCGACAUGGACUUGAACUCGCUGCUGCCAAGCAAUCUGCAGCUGCCCACGGGCUGUGAGAUAUAUCUGGUGAAGGACACCACCAUCAGUGCGCCCAUCCAGCUGGGUGGACACCACCACACCCACACCCACACGCAGACCCAGACGCAGACACAGAGCCACAUUCAAGGGCAGAGCAUUCCAGCAAAGGCAACCAUCAAGCUGGAGCCGGACGCGAUGAGCGAUCGCUGUGGUCUGACUGUAAAUAAACUCUGCACCUCAUCCACGAACAUACUGUACGUGAGCAACGGCGGGCAUCCCUCCAAAAGUGUCAUCUCCUCCACUGCGACGCCAGAGACAAAAGCAGCACCAACUCAGAAGUCCAAUGCGGCCGCAACGAUAGCCAAAGUGGCUGCAACAGCAGCCUCAUCGACGAGCACAAUGCGAGCUCUGAAACUGGUGGAGGAGCAUGUGGGCGCAGGAGGAGUCGAAGGAGCAGCCACCGCCAAGCUGGAUGCGUACAAGAAACGCGACGACAAGCGUCGCGCCACACACAAUGAGGUGGAGCGUCGACGCCGCGACAAAAUCAAUUGCUGGAUCUUCAAGCUGAAGGAGAUGCUGCCCACCGAGGGCAGCCGCUACCGGCCAGCGCACUCAAACGGCAAUGGCAAUGGGCUAAUGGAGUCGGUGAGCAUCAGUCUCAGUUCGAGCACCAGCGAGGCCAGCACCAGUCCCGGCCUCAGAGUAAACCAAAGCGCCAAUGGUCGAACGCCGCCCAACGACUCCAAGUCGCAGAUACUGAUCAAGGCCUGUGAGUACAUCAAGAGCAUGCAGGGCGAAAUUGACAACUUACGCGAGGGCCUGCGUGAGGCGGACAAGCUGCGUGUGACCAAUAAGACGCUGCGGGAUGAGCUAAACAGCUUGAAGCGACAACAGGAGCUGCAGGAACGCUUCCACAGCCGUGGCGGUGGAUCGUUUAAUGUGACGCUAAAUUCGUUGAAUAGCUCCGCUACCAGUGACCUCUUCGAUGGCAUAGACGGUGGCCCACACCAGAUGGGACUGGGCAUGGGCAUGGGCAUGGGCAUGAGCAUGGGCAUGAGCGCUUUUGGCAAGCGCGGCCUCAUGAUAGCCGACUACGAUGAGUAGUUUGUGGAUAGGGGUCCGACAUCGUGCAACAGAGCAUCCUCCAAAGAAACAAUAAACAAUUGGAAAGACAAGUGAUUUUUCUUGUUAAAUAUUGCAGAUUCAACUCUAUAUUAUAGAUAACAAAUAAUGUUUAAUGUUUGAAGGAUUCUCACUCAUUUGCACAUACAACUUUUGGUUCUGUUGUUGCCAUAAAUGCAGCCUUUAGCCACCUAAGCAAACACCUUUUCCAUUUAUACCCCCCUUCAUCAUACUAUAUGUAUAUCCUAUAUAAUGUUAUCCUAUGCCUAAACUACCAACUUAACUACCUUUUUGACUAGAGCCAUACCACACCAUACCAUACCAUACCUUGUCUCAUACAACAAAAUGCAUAGAUCUAUUUGUAAGGCCAUACACCGUGAUGGAAUAUAUACUGUUACAUUUUGUGUGCUCGUGUUUAUUCGAUUUUAAUACCGUAACGUACACUGUUUCUCGCACUAAUUACCUACAGAAAACCCAAGCAAAAUACUACCAGAUUUAUAUAUAUACAAAUAGAAUAUACCUAUAUACCAUCUUGUUAAUGAUAUAUAUUAUAUAUAUAUACAUGCACAUGUAUGUACGUGCCACCCACGCCCCAUUUGUACAUAUAAAUUUGUGCUGCAAACUCAAAGAUAAAAGGGAGCGACAGAGUGUGCUCUGCUCUGAUUGAUGCUGUUACCGGGUGCUCGCGCGGGGGGGGGGAGUACCGUGAGUGUAUUGUUGAUAGUGUAUGGAAACCCAUAUAAUAAUAAUAAUAAUAUUAAUAUUAAUAUCAUAUUAUAGUUGAACAAA